AAAAAGAAGAAAAAAAGAGAGUACCAGAACAUUUGAGUAGUGCGCUCUUUUACAACUAACUCCCUCCCCGGUAAAACCCAAACCCCGCCGGCCACCGCCUUCAGCCUUAUAAAAUCAACUUUUAUCUUUGAGAAGUGAUCAGCUCAAGAUUCUUGAUUUUCUGGACACCCUUUUACUGAUUACUUCCAAUGACAGAAACCAGAACCUGUGAGUUUGAUCAUAACAACAACCCAAAGAAGAACACCAGGAGUACUGAAGAACUCAAAGAUGGGUUUUCUGGGUUGCCCUAUUCUGAGGUUGAAGAUGGGUUAUCUAGGUUGCCAUGUUUUGGGGUUGAAGAUGAUAAAGGUGAAAUCUUGGAAGAUGAGUUUUCUGGGUUGCCCUGUUCUGGGGUUGAAGAUGGGUUAUGUGGGUUGCCCUGUUUUGGGGUUGAAGAUGAUAAAGGUGGAAUCUUGGAAGAUGGGUUUGCAGAAAAAGGGAAGAAGAAAAGGAGAAUUUGUGAAAUGGGUCGGUUGAAUGAUCCAUUAGUUGUUCUUGGGUCAGAUAUUAUGUUGAUGAUUUUGAGCUGUCUUGACGCACGCAGCGUGGCACUGUGUCUCCUUGUAUCUUGUGGGUGGAGGGGUAUUGCUUCUUCUGAUAAGAUUUGGAGCUCCAAGUGUGAAGAAUUAUGGCAAGGCAAAACACAUUUACCUCGGAUAGCAAAAGUCAAUGAUUUAUCGAAGUUGGCAGUUUACUCACUGUCCAUAAUGGAUGGUAAACGUAAGCGAAUAAGAAAGGAGGAUUUAUAUGAUCACGUGUGGGAGUUCCAUUUCACCGAGGCGGCUCCUGAGUAUUGGCGAAUGCUCGAUCCCUACUGGAACGGAACAGGACGUCCCCUGCGCCGUUAUUUCCUUCCAGAUGGAAGUCAGACUGCAGAACCAGAUGACAAGAUAUGGGGUGGUCAUGAGUCUUGCUACUCCAUAGUAACUAGCGUGCUUGCAGAUGGGAAAAUAAGAGCACACUAUGUGAGGAUAAACCGUUGGCCGCCGAUGUAUGUGACAAGGAAGGAAGAUUGGAGCUGGGAGAUCUCUAACAACUUCUGUACCUACAGGAGCAUACCAGAUGCUGAUAAAAAAGAUGGGACUGGACCUUUGUUUCUACUUCACUAAGCCUCUGCUACUUAUGCAGUAGUAGUAUGUGCUUUGAAGCCAAACUAUGGAAAUGUUUGUUUUGUCUUUCGAUGGAGUUUGUGUUUGUUUGAAUAAUUGUAAGGCUGUGAAUGGAAAGACUACCAGGCCUUUUGUAAAGUACAUUUUGUUGAUACUAAUAAGUCUUCCAAGUUUUAAUUGUUGCUA